AUGGGAAUCGAAUCACUUUGCCUGCUAGCUCUUUGGAGAAUCCACGAUUUGAGAUACGAGUUUGAUGUUGAGUUUGACAUUCCGAUCACUUAUCCAGUAACGGCACCAGAGAUUGCAUUACCUGAGCUUGAUGGAAAAACUGCAAAGGCCGUCUACAUGGUUACGAAUCGCUAUCAUCAUUUGCCUGUCGCUUUCGAUAUUGGGUUCCCGAGGUAA